GGCGCAAAGUAGUUGUGCAUACACCACGCGUUCGCGCGUAUCUCACCCAAAAAAAAAAAUCCUUAUAAACAUUAAUAACUUGAAGAAAAAUAUUCUUAUCAGUCCGCGUCACCGGUAGUUGUGAUAAUUCGCUCUAAAAAACUCCAGUAAUAAUUGAAAAAUCGGGAUGAUCGGCCGGCGGUUGUGAAUUUGGUGGGGGCAAUUGAGGAGUGAGAGAGAGUGAUUUUUUUUUUUUCUGAGAGAGUUAGUUUGACCGAAUGUGGCGGUCUCUCCGCCAUGUUGAAUCACUCUCGUUAAUUUUUUCGCAGAGGUGGCGCGUAUUUUUUUUUCUUUCAUCCCCUCGACACAAAAAAUUCCCAAAAUUCCAUCACCCCUCGAACGACAUUACAACAAACACCCAUAACUCAUUAAAAUAAUCACGGGAUUAAUAUUAAUAUCACUCGGACGCUCAUCCGAGUCCAGGAUAAUAAAAUGCCGGGACAAGGGAGACGAAAGCGUGCUAAAAAUCCAAGUGUAUAAACCAAUAAAUAAUAUGAAAUAAAUCAGUGAUGUUGUGCACUAUUUAUUGUCAAUAAGGAGUGAGUGAUUGUUAAUGACAAUAAUAUUACCGAAUAAACACUAGUGUUGUUACAAUUCGUCAACGGUUUAUGAGUGUUAAAACAAAAUCAGACGAGUUUUGUCCUCUUUUGGGAUAACAUCGUGUGUGAGAAUUUCUACAACGUGUAAAGAGAAUAUUCGUAUCAUCUUGUACAGAGAUAUGAACCAUUGAAUGCGGUUACAUGAAGCUAACCGGCUCAUUCUCGAUUAAUCUAACCACUAGGAUUACUAAAACCCAAGGAGACACGUAGAAUGGAAGCCAUGGACUUGGACGGAGAUGCUGUUGUUGAUCUCAGUGUUAGUGUAAGAAGGGAUUCUCCAUCGGUACCAUCGAAUCCUCCAGUGGAUGGUGGUGUUCCUCUGGACCUUGGGGUACACUAUCAGCCCUCAACAGCGGAGAACAAUAUUCCUGAGCUGAGGAAUAUACAAAACUCAUCACGAGGCAUUUUAGCACCUAAUAAAUCAUCCGGGGACGACAGAAGACCCAGGCGAAACCUCAGGCCAAGAACAGAAAGAAGUUAUGCUGAGAGCCCUGAUGAACCCAGACUCAAUGGUUAUGUGAAUGGAAAUACGUCGGACAGUGACGAGAGUGAGAUGCCACCCCUUCUACCAAUCAAGGAAUUGUCGUCCGAUGAAUUGGCAGAACGGGAAAGAACCCUGAGAAAGCUCAGAGAGGAACUCAGGUCGGAGGAGAUGAAAUUAGUUUUGUUGAAGAAACUCCGACAGUCACAACAGCUCAAGGAAAAUAUUGCCGCUGUACCUAAAACAGUUAAUAAGUUACCACCCCCUGUUACAGUACAGCCAGCACCGCACAGUCACAGAACCACAAAGGCUCCACCACCUCUGCUUCGAGGUCAACCAGCACCGAGUAGAAGUAGUAGUCUUCAUGCACCACCACCGGGAAUGCUUCUACCUCCAAAUGUUGGUAGAAGUCCAACGUCGAGUACAGGAAUGCCACCAAACAUGGUGAUACCCCAGCCACCACAUCCAAGAACUAGACCACCGAGUCAGGCUAAUGUACCGACUUAUCAUGCACCUGCUGACAGAACAGAACGUACCACCAAGGAUCCAACACCUGUACCUGCACAUCAGCUUGUUGGACCACCAGAGCCAAAAGUAACUGCUUCAAUAAACACGCCUGUCAUACCAGAACAGGAGAGACAGAGGGAGGACAGUCAGUCACCGGCGCAACGUCAAGCAGCAGCGAAAUUAGCUUUGAGAAAACAGCUGGAGAAAACUCUUCUGCAGAUACCACCACCAAAGCCACCACCACCUGAAAUGCACUUUGUACCAAAUCCAUCCAACACUGAGUUCAUUUAUCUCGUGGGCCUUGAACACGUGGUGGAUUUCAUCACAAAAGAGCCAGCGAUACCACCACCACCUGAGCCAUUCGAGUGUACACAGUGUAAGACUGAUUUUACACCAGUUUGGAAAUGGGAGAAACCGGCGACUAGUGGUAAAAAGGAUGGACCACGUGGACAACACGCCACUUUCUUACGACCACCAGCUGGGAGAGAUCCACGAGUCAUUUGUGAACAUUGUGUCACUACGAAUGUUAAAAAAGCACUGAAGGCCGAACAUACGAAUCGGUUAAAAACGGCAUUCGUAAAAGCACUACAACAGGAGCACGAGAUGGAGCAGAAGCUGGCGCAAGCAGCGAGUCCAAGUCCAGAUCCACCGCCGAAGCCAGUGCCAAAAUCAGUGACACCAACGAGAAGAGUAGCAACACCACCAGCACCUCCACCCUCAGUCCAGCAAGCCCCACCACCAGCUCCAACCCCGCCCUCGCAAAAAAUGCAAGAGCAUCCACUGGUUAAACUGGCAGAGGGUGGUAAAUUCACUCCUCAUCAUGCAGCAGCAGCAGCAGCUCUCCAGCAACAGCUUCUCCGAGAGCUAGCGAAAAAUCCAGUGCCAGGACUACCACCACAUCAACCCCUACCAGCUCACAUGAUGCCACCGUUCAAUCCUCUUCUCUAUCCUUAUCAACUUGCGAUGGCGCAGGCCGCUGGCGGCAAGGGGCUCGUCGAACUUCAGCGACAAGCUGCUGAUCUUCAACGCCAGUAUCUUCUCGACAUGAUACCCUCUCAGGCAUCGCAAGGACAAACGAGCCAAGCACCACCCCGCGCCCAUCCGCACAAUUGGAAAACGUAACCGAGUGCAUAAAACAACAUCUCAAUUAAUGGAAAAUUCCCAAAUUAAUGUGACAAAAUGCAUGGAAGCAUUUUAAAAUUGCAUAAAAGCAAUUUGAAAAUUCACCGGAGCAUUUUAAUGCUCAGUGGUGUUUUUUUCUUUCUUCUUUUUUUACUCCAUCGGGCCCGAAAGGUCAGGGCAAUCCCAAGGGAAAACAUUGGAAAAAUUAAUCGUCGGAACACCAAAGAUUUUCUUCGAUUGACAAAUGUGAUUGGUGAAGGAAAUUCAGUUUUUCCAACAAUUGUGCAUGUGAUCAAUGUUUUAUUAAGGUGAAUUAAGGACUGAUUGACCUUUGUAGGAACCCUUGCACAGACUUUUGACUGUUAUACCAAUUGAUUCUCCCACUGGAUGAAAUUUCAGUGGUCGAGAUGAGUGAAUAUGUUUUUUUUUUCCAUAACGAAUAAGGAAAAAAAAAGAUGAUCUUUUUAAAGCACUUUGUGGCGAUCUUGCAGCCAGGUUUUGUCUAACUGGCAGCAGUACCUGUAUUUUGUGUAUAUCUCUUUAUUUUUUUCCCCCUUUUCGAACUGUGAGUAUUUACUAAGGUAAUAUCCCUCAAGCGUCCGCGUCGUUGUUUUGAGGUGAGACGUUCUUUUUUUUUUUUUGAGUCUUUUUGCGUCUCCUAAAUGAUGAAUGUUUGGACGGUGUGUGGCGUGAAUGGGUUCCGGAGCGUGAAUGGAAGCGUGAUAAGGCCAAGUCAUUUGUUUCUUUUUCUUUCGUGAUUUCUACCUUUUUUUCUUUUUUAAAUUUCCGAAUUUUGGGUCUGAUUGAUUCAUUGGGCGUGGAGUGGUGGAACGUAAGGAGUCAAUUACUCAAGUGAUGAGUGGUUUGAGGAGAAAACGUGUGAGAGAAAAUUUUAGGGAAAUGUUUAGCACCUGAAAAAUGACGAUUUUGCAUGAUCACUCGGUGAUUAACAAUCUGUUGAUGUUUGAAUGAACAGAAAAAUGGAAAUAAUUGUCAAAUUUUUUUAUAAAAAACCGUUAAGACACCCUUUUUAUCAUUAUUAUUCGUCAGUUCACCACUUCACCCCGUAAUUAAUUCUAGGCCAAGGUCAUGAACUUUCACAGUUAAUAAACUGUUUGAAUGAAUCAAUCAUUUCGCUGAUUUAUGAAAAUGCAAAACAGAUUUUUUUGGAUUUCUUGUAAUUUACAAAUUAUUCCAAUUUAAUUUUUAUCAUUUAUAUUUGCAUUCUC